AUUAAAAUCUUUGACACAACGAGAACGAGAUAUUCAAGAAUCCUUUAAUGAAGCGAAAUCGACGAUUCAAAAACGUGAUAAUGAGCUUGAAAAUUUGAAAAAGCAACAACUAGAAGAAGAAGAUAAACGUAAUAAAUCUCUUGGUUUACUCAAAAAGACCCAACAAAAAAUACUCAUUUUAGAAAAAGAGAAAAAAGAUUUAAGCGAUGAAGUUGAACGUCUUAUAGAUGCUGCUCGAAUUGCAGAACAAAAUUCUAAUUCCAAUAUAAAACAAGAAAUUACGCGUUUUAAUAAGGAGUUAACCACAAAAUCAACACAAAUUACGCAACUUGAAACUCUUAACGAAAAAUUAACGACAGAAAAGGAAAAAUUAUUUGAUCAAUUACAAGUAAAACAAGCAGAAUUUGAAUCUUCACAGUCUUUGCUGGAAAAUUUAAAACAUCGUUCCGCUGAACUUACUCAUCAAUUAAAAGAAAUUGAGGAGAGAUCACUAACCUUGGAAGAGGAAUUAACGUCAUUAAAACGACUUUAUAAGGAUAAGAGUCGUGAAAAUGAAGCAUUAAGCAUUAAGGUUGAGGAGUUGGAUAAAGGAGCAAUGGAAAAAUUUGAUUCUUUAAGGAAACAAGUCGAAACUUAUAGGCAGGGGAAAGAUAAAGCAGAGUUGGAUUUAAUAGAGGUCAAGCGAACAAUUGAAUCUCAAAUACAAGAUAUGACCAAUCAACUAACUGCAAAAGACCAAGCGGCAAAGCGGCUUGAAACACAAUUAGAGGAAAAGAACAAUUCUAUAAAGUCAAUUCAAGAAGAAAAUCAAUCAUUGAAACAAGGAAUGUUAGAUAUUGAAGCAAAAAUGAGCAAUCUUUCUUCUAAAGUUUCAAAUGCGGACGAAAAAUCU